CUUGGCAACCUCGGACUUUCAUCCCUGCCCGAUGGCUGCGGUUAAUGGGACCGUCGAAAACGGGCAGCCGGAGAAGAAGAUGCCUCCGCCGCUGCCGCAUCCUAUUAAGAACCUGGAGGUCCGAUACACCAAGAUAUUUAUUAACAAUGAAUGGCAUGAGUCAAAGAGUGGAAAGAAAUUCCCUACCUUUAGUCCUUCGAAGGCCGAGAAGAUCUGUGAUGUUGAAGAGGGCGACAAGCCUGAUGUAGAUAAGGCCGUUGAGGCUGCAAAAACCGCCUUCCAAAGAGGUUCACCGUGGAGACAAAUGGAUGCGGUCAGCCGCGGAACGCUCCUGAAUCAGCUGGCCAAUCUCAUUGAACGUGACAGAGUGGUGUUAGCGACUUUGGAAACUAUGGACACAGGGAAACCAUUUCUCCAAGCUUUCUUCAUUGACUUGGAAGGCUGCAUCAAGACGCUUAGAUACUAUGCUGGGUGGACUGAUAAAAUCCAGGGGAAGACUGUACCUGUGGAUGACAACUAUGUCUGCUUCACCAGACAUGAGCCGGUGGGAGUUUGCGGAGCCAUAACGCCGUGGAACUUCCCAUUGCUGAUGCUGAUUUGGAAGAUGGCGCCGGCUCUGUGCUGUGGCAACACGUUAGUCGUUAAACCGGCGGAGCAAACGCCUCUCACUUCGUUAUACAUUGGCUCUUUAGUCAAGGAGGCAGGCUUCCCUCCUGGUGUGGUUAACAUUGUGCCAGGAUACGGCCCGACUGCUGGGACUGCUAUCUCUACACAUCCCAACAUUGACAAAAUCGCUUUUACAGGAUCAACAGAGGUUGGAAAGCUGAUCAAGGAAGCUGCUUCGAAAAGUAACCUCAAGAGGGUGACGCUAGAGCUUGGUGGAAAAAACCCUUGCAUUGUCUGUGCAGACGCCGACCUGGACUUAGCAGUAGACUGCGCCCACCAGGGCGUCUUUUUCAACCAAGGCCAGUGCUGCACAGCCGCCUCUCGGGUCUUUGUGGAAGAGCAGGUGUACCCAGAAUUCGUCCAGCGCAGUGUGGAGUACGCCAAGAAACGGCUUGUGGGAGACCCAUUUGAUGCCAAAACUGAACAAGGGCCGCAGAUUGACCAAAAACAAUUUGACAAGAUCUUGGAGCUGAUAGAAAGUGGGAAAAAAGAAGGUGCCAAGCUGGAGUGUGGAGGCUUAGCUGUGGGAGAUUGCGGCCUGUUCAUAAAGCCAACAGUUUUUUCGGAGGUCACGGACAACAUGCGAAUUGCCAAAGAGGAGAUUUUUGGACCUGUACAGCCCAUCAUGAAGUUCAAAAGCAUAGAAGAGGUUAUACAGAGAGCCAAUAAUACCGAAUACGGCCUCACGGCAGCAGUGUUUACAAAGAACUUGGACAGGGCCCUGACAUUAGCGUCGGCACUACAGUCUGGGACGGUCUGGAUCAACUGCUAUAAUUCUCUCUUUGCACAAGCUCCCUUUGGUGGCUUUAAAAUGUCAGGAAAUGGCAGAGAACUGGGUGAAUAUGCAUUGUCUGAAUAUACAGAAGUGAAAACCGUCACCAUUAAACUGUCGCAGAAGACUCACUGAGUGAGGGAAGCCAUGGGACCUAAAACUCUGACGCUCUGAAUGUUGAUGUAUAGUGGGGUGGGGUGGGCAAAAAUUUGAGAAGUAAAGUAGCUCUUUUUAACAAAAGAAACUUAUAUAUAGAUAUAUAUCUGUUUAAAAAAGAAAAGAACCACUGCUUUUGUUCUGAGGGCCUUGUUGAAACACUUUGUUCUAGUCUAAAACUAGCUAACCAGCUUUCCAAAAUGGACAUAGCUCUACAAGCCAAGCUGCUAUAUACUGCAUGCUGAAAGUUAAGAAGUGUGGAGAUCCUAAUAUCCAUCAGCCGUUCUCCGGCAGCCAAUCUAUGCUGUUGGGGUAAGCCCAGAGGCUAUGCAAUCUGUCAAUGAAAGCAACCCCCUUUUAGCCACGGAAGAUGUUCCAUUUCCUCCUCAAACGUUUGCAUGUGCCGUGUCCCCUCUGUUAGACAAAUCUAAUCACACCACCCUCCGGAUGGUUUGGAUUUCAACUCCCAUCAGCCCCAGCAAAGCAUGGCCACUGGUCAGGAAUCAUGGGAAUUGUCAUCCAAAGAAACUGAAGGGUGGUGUGUUGGGAAUGGCUGCUUUAUAGUCUGGUUGUGUGUGUGCUUUAAAAAAAAAGUGUUAAGGGGCACGCAAGACAAACGUAUCCACGUUUCGUUCCCUGCUUCACAUUCGAACUAGGCCCAUACUUUCUAGAGCAGCACUUACAGUACAUGAG